CCGGUUCGAUCCCGGCCACGGAUCAGUACAGUACCUAGUCGUCCGCUAAAUUGCUCUUUUCUGCAUUUUCUGUGCUUGCUUGUGUGGGGAAAGCUAGUGAUGAGUCUGCCACCGUCCGAGGCGGUAGAGUGUCCUAAUUGGAUCUGAAUUGGAAUUUCAAACAAGUGGUGAUGUGGUUUCCGCUGUCCACGGUGACGGCGGCCCUGUGUGUCCUGAUGGACACGGCAGUGGACGUCGCUGGGGCCAGUAGUGUCAGUGCCGAGGAUGCCCUCGAGGUGACAUUCAGCGAGCGGACCCGGGCCGAUUGGGAGAAGGUUUGGCACGAGGAGAGCCACUCGCGCUGCCGGGACAAGCUGUUUCGGCACUUGUACUGGGCCUGCGAGAAGGAUAUCUAUCGGAUUUCACGGAGAAACGAUGACUACGGUGCCGGCGCAUCAAUGGGGCUCAGCAGCGUCGGGAAGCGAGCGAACGCGCUACCCUUCCUCUCGCGGUGGACCAUUAGCAAGGAGCAGGCGCAAAGCUUUUUGCGCACUCGCCGAACUGGGAAGCGCCGCUCGGGUGGCUCGAUAAUGGCCGAAUGCUGCACCCGGACCGGCUGCACCUGGGAGGAGUACGCCGAGUACUGUCCCUCGAACAAGCGGAUCAAUCGUUACCGGAAGUAAGCGGUCGGUCGAGGUGGUGGUGGGUGUGGUACUGGGGGCCACAUGGAUGUUUCGGACGGCGGUUUGAA